ACUAACAUUAGUUGGCGUUUGUCUCAGAAGCCGCCGCCUGAAUGUAUAUGUGAAGCCUGUCCCUGAUGAGGUGAAUUGUUGAAUGUCCUUCUAGAGUCGCUGAAAAUGACACCAAGAUGACUUACCAGUGGCUUGGACAUCUGUGAUUUGGCAGAAGAUGAGGCUUGCUCAGUUUGUCAGACUUGUCAUUGCUUGUAAUGAUUCCUAAUGUAUGCACAAACCACACUGACAUGGACAGCAAACUAUAGUGAAUCGUGACUGUUGCUUUUUGCACAUCACACAUUCACACUCACUCACACACACACACACACACACACUAACUAUAUAAAUUAUCAUUUAGCUUGUUUUGAAUGGCUCUCAGUAAAUAAACGGUGCUGACAAUGUCACUGGGUGAGCAGUCUCAAAAGUGGUUUCCAACCCAUGUCCAAGCCACUGUUCUUCAAGCAAACGGUUUACAGCCCAAGGGCAAAAAUGGCACCAAUGAUGCCUACACCAUCAUUCAGCUGGGCAAGGAAAAGUACUCGACGUCGGUGGCGGAGAAAACACUCAGUCCUGUCUGGAAAGAAGAAGCCUCCUUUGAAUUGCCUGGUCUACUUUUGGAGGGCAACCCGGAAGUAUAUGAACUCUGCCUUAUCGUGAUGCACCGGUCCUUGGUCGGGAUGGACAAGUUCCUGGGUCAGAGGUCCAUCAACCUUAAUGAAAUCUUUGAUAACAAGGAGCGUAAGAAAACUGACUGGUAUUCCUUGGAGUCAAAGCCGGGGAAAAAGAGGAAAGAACGAGGCCGCAUCCAAGUCAGCAUUCAGUUCAUGAGGAACAACAUGACGGCCAGCAUGUUCGACCUCUCCAUGAAGGAGAAGCCCCGCUCGCCUUUUUCCAAACUGAAGGACAAAAUGAAGGGUCGCAAACACGACAGUGGCUUUGGUGACACAUCUUCAGCCAUCCUGCCUCGCUCUGCCGUGUGUGACGCGGAGCCCAGCCGUCAGGCCUUUGCCCCAGACCUACAACCUCAGCCUGAAACAAAGGUCAAGAGACCAUUACUCGCUGGGGCCCAUAAACUAUCUGCAGCCCAUUCCAUGUCGGACCUCAUUGGGACCCAUUUUCGACCUAAACUGGACUCCAUGAACUCCAUAGAAGAGAGUGGUGGACCUCACAGGCGUUCCCAGAGCGAGGUGCCAGGCUAUCAGGACGGUGAGGCACACAGUGACCCUUUCACUGAUAUCAGUGACACCCUGCCACAGAAGUAUGCCACGCUCCCACGCAACCGCAACCCAUUUGAGGGGGAGCACGGGCAGCUGUGGGACCGCGCAGAGCGGAAGGAGAAAAAGGAGAAGGUCAGCCUCCUGGAACGAGUGACGGGAAAGAAGGAGGGCCGCAAGACCAGUAACGGGGGUCGAUCGGGCAGCUCUGGAGACCUGCGCUCCCCCAACCCUUUCAGUGGUGACUCACAAGCAGACACUAACCCGUUCAGCUCCAAUUACAAAGCCAGUGAUAAAAAGUCAACAGGAAAGGAAGACAUCGCCUUUGGCCAGAAGAAGAAGGACAUCUACAGCAAGAAGAAAGAGGUGACACAGGAAAGUGUGGCCGCCUAUAGCAACUUAUCCUUUGAGGAAGUUGUGCAGGAACUCAUCAAGCAGAAAGAAAUAGUGAAGAAGAAAGAUGCCCACAUCAGAGAGCUGGAGGACUACAUCGAUAACCUACUCGUACGUGUCAUGGAGGAGACGCCGAGCAUCCUACGGACACCGUAUGAGCCCAAAAAGAAGGCGGGUAAACUCAGUAAAAAAUAAAAAGAAGCAAAGAGACAGAGGAUGAGAAGUUACUAAUAAAGGUUUAGGUGUAGCUCGUGUAUCAGUAUCAUAUGUUAAAAUAAGUUGGAACAAAUGGGAUUGAUCAAAGCCAAAUUUAUGAUUGAGCUAUGUCUUUGCUUUAGAACAUUUUCAUUCAGUGGAUGUAGU